AUGACCGCACGCGUCCGCGUAACCGACCGGCACGGUGUUGAUCACUUUACGCGGGCUCUAAUCGAUCCUGGAGCGGAGUCAUCGCUGGUGACGGAGUCGCUGGCACAGCGACUCCGAUUGCCUCGCUCACAGGCUUCCGUGGCGGUGUUCGGAGUCGGUGGCGUCCAGACGGGUGUUGCACGCGGGCAGAUCGACUUGCGCGUCUCGCAUCGUCGAGAGGGCUCCCCGAUUGUUGUGUCGGCACUGAUAUUCCCUCGCCUGCCGCUCUACGAGAGCGAUAUGCGGGUUAACGUUUCAGGAUGGUCCCAUCUGGCGGGCCUAACUCUCGCUGACCCGGACUUCCUGAGGGCGGACCCAGUGGACCUCCUCUUGAGCGCAAACGUGUAUGCCACCAUCCUCCGGACCGGCCUGCGGAGGGGCGGACCAGGCCAGCCUGCGGCGCAGCGGACAUCACUGGGCUGGCUUCUGGUGGGGCCCGUCAGCGCGGCGGAGACUCCUUCACGUGCUCUGGCCUUGCAUUGUCGUGUUGAGGACGAUCUCACUUCGUUGGUGAGAGGAUUCUGGCAGCAGGAGGAGCUCUCGGUGGGACCGGCGCCUCUUACUUCGUCUGAACAGGAGUGUGAGGACUUGUUCAGUCAUUCACACCGCCGACAGGACGACGGCCGCUACGUCGUUCGUCUCCCGGUGGUCAAUCCGCUGCCUGAAUUAGCGGCUACCAGGCGCGCUGCCUUGCGCGCCCUUACAGGGAUGGAGAAGAGGUUCACUCGCGAUGACCGACUGCGCGAGCUGUACCUCGACUUCAUGCGGACGUACGAGGAACUCGGACAUAUGGUUCGCUCGGACGCCGCGACGGGAACCCGAGUGAGCUAUUUACCUCAUCAUGGUGUACUGCGUGAGGCCAGCUCGACCACUAAGCUGCGCGUGGUGUUUAAUGGCUCUACGACGGUUUCCUCCGGAGAGUCGCUGAAUCGGAGCCUCCUGGUGGGCCCGAAUCUGUUACCUCCACUUGCUGACGUCUUACUGCGCUGGCGAUUGCAUCGCUAUGUCCUGGCCACGGACGUAGAGAAGAUGUAUCGCCAAAUUCUGGUCCACCCUGAGGACCGGGACCUCCAGCGCGUCCUUUGGCGGUAUAGCAUCCGGGAUGAGGUGGCGGAGUUCCGCCUUAACACCGUGACAUACGGUUUAGCCUGUGCACCGUUCCUGGCUAUGCGCACUCUCCGCCAGCUGGCCGACGAUGAAGCGGACACCUAUCCUUUAGCCGCUCGUGCUCUACGCCGGGACGUUUAUAUGGACGACGUUCUGACAGGCGCCUCAAGCCUGGAGGAGGCGCUGGAGUUGCGACAACAGCUGACCGACAUGUGCAUGGCGGGCGGCUUCCCCUGCGCGCUGCGGGAUUGGGGACCGCCCGAGACGCACGGGACCUUGGGCUUGCAGUGGCAUCCCGUCUCUGACGAAUUUUCAUUCGCCAUUCCGGCGAUCUCUUUGACCGACGUGACUAAGAGGUCGGUGCUGUCCUUGACAGCCCGGCUGUUUGAUCCUUUAGGUUGGCUGGCGCCGGUUGUGGUACGGGCUAAGAUUGCCUUCCAGUCGACUUGGCUGAUGAGUCUUGGCUGGGACGACCCUCUCGACGAGACCAAUAGACAAAUGUGGCGCGAGUACGAGGCGGGACUCCCCCUUCUACGGAGUGUGCGGGUUCCGCGACGAUUGGAUGCGGGUUUGUCGAUCGGCGACGCGGAGCUCCAUGGGUUUGCCGACGCCUCGGAGCGAGCCUACGCCGCUGUCAUCUACUUGCGGACUAGCUCCGGUGCGUCCUGGAGAACCUGCCUCGUUGCGGCCAGAACUAAGGUCGCGCCCAUAAAACCUGUGACGCUACCUAGGCUGGAGUUGUGCGCCGCUACCCUCCUGGCGAGACUGGCGUCACACGUUCGCGCCACUCUCGGUCUUGAUCGGACGGCGAUGCACCUGUGGUCGGACUCAACGGUCGCCCUGGGCUGGAUACGCGGCCACCCGACACGGUGGAAGACCUUUGUGGCAAACCGCGUUGCCGAAAUUCAGACCAGGGUCUCUGACGCUCAGUGGCAUCAUGUGCCUGGCCCGGAUAAUCCAGCUGACUGCGCUUCCCGCGGACUUGCGCCGGGAGAGCUGGUGCCACACCAGCUCUGGUGGCGGGGUCCGCGUUGGCUCCGGGCGGAGUCGACGUCCUGGCCUGAGGCUGACCGAGGGACUCCCCGUGACGGCUGGCCGGAGGAGAGAGUUCACGCGCGAGCGGCCAGGACCACGCCCGUCAGCGUGAAGGAGCCUGCUGAGCUCUUGCGCUUCUCGAGCCUCAAUCGUCUGCUGAGAGUGACAUCGUGGUGCCGACGCUGGCUUCGUCUUAGACCGACUGCUACGCCCGCGGCCAUAGAGGACGGCCGGGGUCGAUAUGGAGGCAAGCUACUGACGGACGAGCUGGAGGAGACGAGGUUAGCUUGGAUUCGACAAGUCCAGGCUGACCACUACCGGUUGGAGCUGGAGUCGUGCGGCGGGGUCAGCCUCUGCCGACGUCCAGCCCUCUUGCCCGAUUUACCCCCCUUUUAG